AUGGCAACUCCAACUCCAACCUUCCGCCUAACCACUCCGCCUCCUGGACGCACCUUUGCGAACCAGCAUACCUUGCCGAAGCUCCCAGUUCCAUCUCUCGAUGACACUUGCAAACGCUACUUGACUGCUCUUCGAGGUCUCCAGGAUGACAAGGAACAUGCUGCCACUCAGCAUGCUGUUCGAACUUUCUUAGAUAGCGAAGGUCCCGCUCUACAGAGGAGAUUGAAUGAGUGGGCUCAAGAGAAAGCAAGCUAUAUCGAGGACUUCUGGUAUGAAAGCUACCUCUCGCACAGCGAUCCUGUAGUACUUGCUCUCAACCCUUUUUUCGUCCUCGAGAAUGAUCCUAGCCCGGAUCGAGGCUCUCAGCUACCCCGCGCUACGGCUCUUAUCAUAUCUUCAUUAGGCUUUGUUCAUGAUCUCCGCCAAGGUCUACUUGAACCCGAUGCCGUACGUGGUCAUGCACUAGAUAUGGAUCAAUACAGUAGAUUGUUCGGGAAUGCUCGUAUACCAACAGAGGGUAACCGACCACUGUUAACCGAGCGUGAGGUUCUUCGCAACCUCCAAGCCAUCUGCAAGGAUGCUGACAAGACUCCAAUAACUGAGGUUGCUCGUACGGCUAUUGGUGUUCUCACUACUGAGAAUCGGAAGACUUGGUCUUCCCUUCGACGCGAACUCGCGCAGGACAAGACUAAUGCAGCUUGCCUGCGCCUGAUUAACGAUGCCUUGUUCGUAGUCUGCUUGGAUGAUGCAGCUCCAGGUCGCGAUGGCAUCAGCACGCUCGUUCAAAAUGGCGAAAAGGGAGAAGACCUCGCUGCUCUAUGCAGUAAUUUCCUCUGCGGAACUUAUGACUUGCGGGAAGCGUUCACGAUACUUGUCGAUGGUGCCGCCGGCAUCAACUUUGAACAUACCGGCGUUGACGGCCACACAGUUUUGAGGUUUGCCGCAGAUGUCUUUACUGAAGGCCUAAUGCUGCUUGCGCGUUCAAUCAACCCAUCCGCACCUACUCUAUUCCACGCAUCCCUUUCGCCUCACGCUGAAUCCUACAGGCCUCCGAAGUCAAUAGCCAACGGAAAAUUGCCAAUAUCCUCUCAAAUCUUCUCAUAUGAUACCUCACCAUCUAAACUUAUGUGGACUCUAACCCCUUCAAUUCGAGUUGGCAUUCGGUAUGCUGAGACACGCCUGAGUGACCUUAUAUGUCAGAAUGAUUGUCAGGCGCUCGAGUUCAAGGGUUAUGGAAAGAAUUUUAUCACGAGUCAUGGUUUCAGCCCCGAUGCGUUUGUGCAGAUGGCUUUCCAGGCGGCAUACUUAUAUGGUCAAAACAGAAAUAGGUUUCAAACUUUGGAAAAAAUAUCUUUUCCUGGGCUGGUACAUCAUUUAGAGGCAUCUUCCAGGAAUCAUAUGAACCAAGAAUUAAGAAAAACGGCGGUUGGAAUAUGGCGAUAUGGUCGAAAUACUGACUUUUUUUCCUCUCCACCAAACCGCAAUAUUGGCGACCUCUAUACACCCUGGGACCAUCUCCAAUCGAUUUGUACGACUGAAAAACAGUAG